AUGAACCGCAAGGGACCAUGGGAAGGGUACAGACGGCAGGCGAGAGAGAGACAUCUGGGUAUGAGGCAGGCACUGAACGCUACAGACCGUGAGGAAGGUAUUUUCAUUCAGCUAGCUUUUGGUUGCUUUUGUCUAUGGCUUGCGUUACUUGUUCAGGGACGAGCUCUCGAUUAUUUUUCAUUUGAUGUGACCAAAUAGAUUCAUUGCUGGCGUAUUAAAACAGUUAAGAAGUCAUUACACAGCGAGACGAUUUAACUCUUGUUUUCACGCUUCACAGGACACCAGUCCUAGAGGUACGACAGGCUUUGAUUCAGGAGUUAAGCAUUUGAACACCAAAGAGAAUUUCAUUUUGGUUAUAUGAUCCCCGUUUGGGUAGAACUAGUCGAUCCGAUCAUAGCUAAGUGUCGGUAGUCCAAGCGAAUUCUGCUCCAAUGAGAUUUUUGUGAAUAACGUCCAGCUAUCAGUGACAUCGGUAUGGACAAAGAGGUUUUGUUUGUCGCAAUUUCAGAGAAAGUCCCGGACAGAUUUGGAUAAUAUGUCACAAACAAAAUUCAUUUCAGGUUUUUUUAAUAAAAUGUAUGUAUGCGAUUAUGGUAGUUCUUUUUACUUUCUAAAAGUGCGAAACAGUUUAAAUUUUCGUUCGUUUUGCAUCCUGUAAUAUUGGCAAAAUGACUCUUUUCCAAAGAAAGAUUUUGCUAAGAUUGUUUUGACUAGUUUGAGACAAAUAAUGUAAAUUUGCCUUAUUUAAACUUGCUAAUUUGGUUUUCAGUGAAGUGGAUACAAACUUCACAUCAUCAUUUUAUAAAAUUAACUAGCCGUGUAAAAUAAUCAUACUGCUAAGCUGCAUGUUGACAUUUUCUCAUUCAUAUCUGUCAGUGCAUCAUGCAGUUUUUUAAAAUAUCUUAAUUGGUACCGUUCAGGACUCGUUUUGGACUAUUCGUUAUCGGUUCCUUAUCUCGACACCAAAAAUGUACACAUUAAGGUAUUUAUAUUAGACAUGCAUUUUAAUUUGGACUGAAUCGGUUCUGACUAUUCGGCAUCCAGUUCUGAAUUUGUUAUAGCUUUUGUUUCUUGGAAUGCAGGGAAAGUCCCAAAUUUUUCACAUCUAAUUGAAGGCACGAAAGGGCGGCUGACUUCGAGGUGAGUGGCUUGGUUUAUAAAAAAUAAGCUCAUCUUAGCUUACCUUUUUCUUUUCCAUAUAUCUUACUUGAGAUUUUAAUUUUCGCACUAAGUUUCCUGAAUUGCAAUUGUGUAUAACAGACUCACAAAGCUCGACCUCGAUUGGUAGGGAUCGUUUGUCGAGUGAUUUCAAAAGUUCGAAGCAACUCUUUGAAGAGCUCAUACAAUCAAAUCGUUUCGCCUUUGCGAAAUGGAUUCCUUUAAAUAGAAUAGCUUAUAAAUAUUCCCAGUUGACAUAGACAGGAAAAAACCCUACGUCUAUUUCAUGCAUGUUAAUAUGUUAAUUGAACUGCGCAUUCCUUUCUUGGUAUCGUUAUCGUACGAGGCUUUGAUUUCUGAUCGUAAAAUGCACAGAGUCCUAAAGCUUUAUUGUACUUCACUGUACUCUUAGAGAUAGAUUUCCUGGUAAGCUCUUGGUAGUGUAGCAUACAUAUAUGUUACAAACAUAAAUCAUUUCCGUUUUUUUUCUAAUGUUUGUAUUGGAGCAUGUUAGUCCUUUUUCCUUUGGAACGCAAAACAGUUCCAAAUGUCGCGGUUCGUUUUGCAGGGUUAAUAUUGGUGGAAUUGGUUUGGCACCGCUACAUUCGACUGCUGGGUUCGUUAACCUUGCCCAGCGAAACAGCCGUUGAGGACUUCAUAGCAAGGCAGGCGCCACAAACUUCCUCGGCGGAAAGUGAAUAGUAUGAGUUCCCCUUACUACCAAGAAAAAUUCCCAAUAUUCGCUUGCGGGUAAUAAAUCCCCGCGAUUUCUAUUUUCAUACGCGCGCUCGACGAUCUUAAGAGAUAAAAACAGGAUAUAGGAACAGGCCAGCCUUUCCCAAGUUUGAGAGAUUUUUAGGCAAUAUUUGCUCCUUCCAACAAAUUUUACAGAAAAAAAUCGUUGGGUGCCCCUAGUAUGAAAGUUUCAAACGAUUCAUCACUGAGUAGGACAUGCUGCCUCGCGACGAGUCGUGUAUGUUAUAUCAGGAACUAGUAGGGUGUUUCUUUUGGGGAAUCAUUAACAUAUGAGGCUUUAUUUCUUACUGCAGGGACAGUCCCAGAGUUUUCAAUUUUCACUUUCCUUUUGGUACUUCUCCUUCUCAAUCUGGUGAGACAGAUUUCUUGGUGA